AUAGUCAUAUGAUGAGGAAACAAAUGACCUGAGAAAUCACAACGAUGAAAUCAGUCUAAUAUAGCUGCAAGCAGUAGAGUUGGACUUUUAUUGGUCCCUUAUUGAUUUUGUAGUUUCUGGAGGCAUAUCUGCAUCAUUUAGCCUACCGGGUUUCUCUGUAACACCAAGGUGUGCACAUGCCUAGAAAACGUCGCAGGCAACCGGUUGUAAUCAUGUUAACCGCGUUUGUCUUUGUCGUUGCUCUUGUUUCUCAAACUGCAGCUCGGUACACCGCGAACUGGACGAGUUUGGAUGCCAGACCAUUGCCUUCAUGGUACGACGAGGCCAAGCUGGGGAUUUUUAUCCACUGGGGUGUGUUUUCUGUUCCCGGAUUUGUUAAUGAGUGGUUUUGGUGGUACUGGCAGGGCCAACAGCCUCCGGACCAGAAGUGCGUGAACUACAUGUCGAAGAACUACCCACCUGGGUUCAGCUACCCGCAGUUUGCUCCCCAGUUUCACGCCCAGUUCUUCGACCCGGGGGAGUGGGCGGACAUAUUCAAGGCUUCUGGUGCAAAAUAUGUCGUACUGACUGCCAAACACCACGAGGGAUUUACCAACUGGGGGUCUCCAUAUUCCUGGAACUGGAAUUCUGUUGAUACUGGUCCUCACAGGGACCUAGUGCAAGACCUGGGAGACGCAGUGCGCAGCAGGUCCUUGCACUAUGGACUCUACAACUCCUUGUAUGAGUGGUUCCACCCUCUGUACCUGAUGGACAAGAAGAAUGGGUUCAAAACACAAGUGUUUGUGAUGGAUAAACUGCUACCAGAGCUUUAUAACAUGGUUGUAAGGUACAAACCUGAUGUGAUCUGGUCUGAUGGGGACUGGGAAGCACCUGACACUUACUGGAACUCCACUGAGUUUUUGGCCUGGCUCUACAGUGACAGCCCUGUCAAAGAUACUGUUGUGACCAAUGACCGAUGGGGAGCUGGCUGUCCCUGUAAACAUGGUGGCUUCUACAACUGUAAAGACAAGUAUACCCCAGGCCAGCUGCCCACACACAAGUGGGAGAAGUGCACAUCUGUGGACAAGUUAUCCUGGGGUUACCGUCGGGAUAUGAGGAUCAGUGAGCUUAUGGACUUACCCACCAUUAUAAAGGAUCUGGUUCAGACUGUUGCUCUGGGAGGUAACUAUCUUCUGAAUGUGGGUCCCACACCUGAUGGGAUGAUCCCCACUGUGUUUGAGGAGAGGCUCAGGGGUGUUGGAGCCUGGCUAGAGAUCAACGGUGAAGCCAUCUACGCUUCUAAACCUUGGAGGGUCCAGGCAGAGAACAGCACCAUACCAAUCUGGUAUACGUCUAAAGGGACCACUGUCUAUGCCAUCCUGACAGCCAAACCUCCCAAGCCAACUGUGCAGUUGUUGGAACCCAAAACAUCACCAAUCACCAAAGUGACUUUGUUGGGGAAUCCUAAGCCUUUGUCCUGGUCCCCAAUCCAGCCAAAUGCUGGCCUUGUCAUCCUUCUACCUGAGCUACCCUACAUCCCUGGUCAGGCCUGGACACUCAGACUUGACAAUAUCCAAUGAGCCUCAAAUUCCCGAAGUGAAUAAUUAGGAUUUGUUCAUCUUAGGGUUUUAUUAUGUUUGUAGGAUAAGGGGAAACUUAUGCAUUCUCAUUAAAGGGAAUACACAUGGAUUCAUAUUUUAGCCAAAAUGAAAGAAUGAAACUCUCAUCCUUGGUUUCUUAAAAAGUCUGUAAGGUGUCACUGACUGUGCUCUCAUUUUUUAAUGAAAAUUGGAAUCAUCUGUUUAGUUUGAUAUGCUUCUCAUCUGUCGACUUGCUAUGUGAGAAAUGACAAACUUUUUCAAGUGAUUUAAAAAAAAAAA